CCCCUCCCCCCCCCCCGCGAUUACCCCUCAUCCGCAUCUGCAUCAUGUCAGCCGUCCACGAGAACGAGAAGACCGCCGUAUCCGCCGAGGUGCAGCCCCAGCCUGAGCUCCAGGGCGAGAAGAACAAGCAGACCUACGCCGUGACCGAGGCGUCCGACAAUGCCACCCAGGCGCCGGAUCUGGAGCAGCAGCAGCAGCAGCCCCAAGGCCGGGCGGCCAAGCUGUUCGCAUACAUGAAGACGCGCGAGUUCUGGAUCGUCUUGGUUCUGGGUCAGAUCCUGGCCCUGGCCGAUAUCAGCUCCUCCACCUUCUCCACUCUCCUCUCCGACGCCGGAACCAGCAUCCCCGCCUUCCAGACCCUGUGGAACUACAUCCUGCUCAACUUGGUCUACACCAGCAUCACCAUCUACAAGUACGGCUUCAAGAAGUGGUGGCGCAUGCUCUACCGCGACUGCUGGAAGUACUUCAUCCUGUCCUUCCUGGAUGUCGAGGGAAACUACUUCAUGGUGCUGGCCUACCGCUACACCUCGCUGCUGAGUGCCGAGCUGUUCAGCUUCUGGACCAUCAUCGUCAUCGUCAUCGUCUCCUUCAUCUUCCUGCGCGUGCGCUACCACAUCACCCAGUACAUCGGCGUCUUCCUCGCCUGUGGCGGGCUUGGCAUGCUCAUCGCCUCCGACUACUUGCGCGGCGCCAACUACCCGGCCGAGAACCAGGUCAAGGGCGACCUGUUCGCGCUGCUCGCGUGCACCAUCUACGCCUUCAGCAACCUGUUCGAGGAAUUCAUGGUGUCCAAGCGGCCCAUGUACGAGGUCAUCGGCCAGAUGGGCUUCUGGGGCAUGCUUAUCAACGGUGUGCAGUGCGGCAUCUUCGACCGGUCCUCCUUCCACGGAGCCACCUGGAACGGCAAGGUCGCCGGCUAUAUCGUCGGUUACACCAUCGUGCUGUUCAUCUUCUACACCCUGGCCCCGAUCAUGCUGCGGGUUUCGUCCGCCACCUUCUUCAACAUCUCCCUGCUGACGAUGAACUUCUGGGGUCUGAUCAUCGGUAUCCAGGUCUUCCACUACAGUGUUCAGUUCCUGUACCCGAUCGCCUUCGUGCUGAUCGUCAUCGGCCUGUUCAUCUACUUCGUCAAGGAGGGCGAGAUGGGCGAGGCGGCCAAGCCCUGGUUGGGUCAGAACCAGGAGGAGGGCAUCGACGGCGUAGGAACCGGUCGUCGUGCGCAGCAGACGGGACACGCGAUCGUCUAGGUGGACGGCCGCGCGCGGGAGGGGGGGGGUUGAGGACAGACCCCCGCCCGUGAUACGAUGCGACAUGGACACGAGUAAUGUGCAUGAGGUUAAAAAAAAGUUUUUGUUUUUGCCAUCUCUUUAGAUCUUAAUAUA